AUGGGCAACUGCGUUUCUUCAAGUUGGGGGAAGUGGGCAUUGUGUGUACAAGAUAGCGCGACUUCAGCCCGAUCUUGGUCUUCCACAGACUUCAGUGUGAGGUCACUUCUAUCCCAGUCACUACCAGAGCAGCCAUCGACCGAGCCGUCAUCUCCUGCGCAGGAAACAGCGGAGCAGGCAGUGCUCGAAGAACCCCGAAAGGCAUCUCAGAACCUCGAUACUCUGCCUGCAGAGCUAUUCGACAUGAUCGCCAGCUACCUUGACCGAGAUGGGCUCUAUAGCCUCUAUCUCGUCUCCCAAAGGGUGAGCAAACUGGCCUACCCGUCCAUUCUUGCUUCCUUACAUGCCAGGAAACACACCGGGCUCACGCCCAUAGAGAUCGAAAACAUCCACACUCUGGCGAUUGACCCCACAAUCAAUCACCUUCCCAGGUCGUUGCAUGUAACCGUGCCCUAUAUCGGGUACAGUACUGCACGGAAGGUAAGUUGGGGGCGCCUAUCUUACGACCGCAAGGCCCUGCAUGAGCUUCCAGAGAUGAAAGCAUUGAGGCAGGACUUGAAUCGGUUAGUCAAUUGCAAAGAGUUUCAUUUCACACUCGCCAGGGCAGGGUCGACUUUGGAGAACAAGAUCAUGUACAUCGAGGACGCUCUUUAUGCAGUCCUUGCCGAAAACACCGUCCCAGUCGAGAAACUCAUACUGGACAGCAGGGUUGUUAAGUCGCGGGCGAACGAGAAGUCAAUGAUGCACCCAAAUCUUGCAAGGGUGUGGAGGCGCCUGAAGUCGCUCAAGAUUACCGAGUCGCCCUCAUUGGAUUUUUCGAGAGGUACUGCUCUCUCCCACAUCCUUCAGCACGCCCCAGAACUUCGAAGCCUUUCCCUCCACAGUCUAGCUGACACCCCUGCACGUCGUUCAACAAUAUUCAAUUUAGCCAGCUCCGCAAACAUACGAACUAACCGACUCGAGAAGCUGAGGCUCUCUUAUCUCACAGUUGAGCCGGAAGAUUUGAUCAUGUGGCUGACACGCUUCAAUAGUACCCUGAGGAUACUGGACCUUCAAUCCAUUGGCCUGGCGCACGGAAGCUGGGUAAAUGUAGUCCAGCACAUCCUCGACUCAUGUCCUAACUUACAGAAAGUUGUUGUGGACUACCCCUGGGUUUCUGAAUGGAACCGGCGUGCCUGGGAUAAAUUUGAGUGCUCGGGGCCUGAUAUUCGAAUCAAGCUAGAGCAAUUCAAGCAGAGCGCCACUGAAGCCAAAAUUUGA